CCUUUCCAUGCCUGGGCGAACACGCUUCGGGGAGCGAGAUGCUGCCCUGUAUCCUGCUCCUUAACUUAGGGAGGUCUCGGCACGGGCCGCUCUGAAGGAGAGACUACUGAUGAGGGCUGGGUAAUGCAGCCGUCCCGCACGUACGUCAGGUCUAUGUCUUUCAUCUGCAGGCUUCCUGCCAACGAGUUCCCUGUGCGCGGAUGGGGGAACAAGAGCUGUUUCAUCAAGACGCAUCAGACAAACUCAAACAUGCGAGGACUGGGCUCCGACUCCGCUCGGAGCGCUUGGCAUACCUGCUACAACAGUUUGACGAACUCUGGUUUGGCGGACUCCAAAUCCCGGCAUCCCUGCAUCGCCUUCAGUGUCCACCCUCCAUACGGGCACGACGACCCCGACAAGCCCCCCCGCUCAGAGUGGAUCGAGAACCGCCGAGGCGUUCGGCUCGGGGCCGCCAAGUCGUUUCCCGGCGUUGUGAUAUCGUUGGCGACGCGAGGGGCUUGGUUUUGGCUCGACGUCCAUAUGAACAACGAAGGGCGGCCUAGCGACCACAAGGAGGUGGUCGAACAGUUCAGAACCUUUGACCUCAGCGACAUGUGGGAGGACAAUCCGCGGGAGCGAACGGCGUCUCCCGUUUGGAGACAUAUCCCUUUCGUCACUCUGCGCAUUAAAAACGAGCGAUGACGGUGGUGAACACAUGUUGCACAGGGUGCAUUCGGCUCUUGAAGACAGACGCCCAGCGCAGAUGGGCAGUGGUGGCUAACUAGCCUUUAUGGUCCGAGUUUCGUUCUGGGGAGGAACGAGCAUGGCACGCUUUCUGGUUGAUUCUUGACGCCAUGUGACGCGGAGUGAUACUCCAAGCGCUGUUGGAUCACUCUGGCGUCACCUGGCGGCGGAAUCAUCCGCUGCUUCCAGAACAAGCCCGGCACGUUGACAGCCACUGUAGUCAGCCA